AUUCCAACAAACCCCGCCUCGUCCUCUAGGAUUGGUUCAGUGUUUUAUGUAUACGUGAAUCGAUUGGACAAUGUAGAAGUCGUUCACGUCGCCGUAGCAACCUCGGCAACUUCAAGCGCAUCUGAGACACAUCGCGGAGGCAAUAACAACAUUUUUUACAGCCGGGUUUAACCAAAUCAUAAUUAAUACUUUUAAUUUUUUUUAACCAAUGUUUGCUUUUUUAUUAUUUUACCACUAAAAACUACAAGUCAAUCUCAGGGUAGGAGGCGGGUUUUUGUCGGUAUACAGGUGGGAAAAAUGACUAAGCGGUAGAGUGCUAGAACGCAGAGAAGCAGCUGCUGGUGAUGGUGAAGAUGGCGGAUGGGGAUAGUGGGAGUGAGCGCGGUGGAAGCAGCGGUGGUGGAGGUGGAGGAGGCAGCGGAUUCCCCCAUUUCCAGCGGGAUCAAGAAGAGACCCAGGAGCUGGCCUCCAAACGCCUGGACAUCCAGAACAAGCGUUUCUACUUGGACGUGAAGCAGAACUCGAAGGGCCGGUUCGUGAAGAUCGCCGAGGUCGGCGCUGGGGGCUCCAAAAGUCGGCUAACGCUGUCCAUGUCCGUGGCGGCGGAAUUCCGCGACUACUUGGGCGACUUCAUCGAGCACUACGCCCAGCUGGGGCCUAGCACGCCGGAACAGAUCGCACAGUCAUCAGGCGGUGAGGACGGCGGGCCAAGACGGGCCUUGAAGAGCGAGUUCUUGGUGAGGGAAAAUCGAAAAUACUACCUCGAUCUGAAGGAGAACCAGCGCGGGAGAUUCCUCAGGAUCCGGCAGACCGUUAACCGCGGCGCGGGGUUUGGAAUCGGAGGGGGAGUGGCCCCUGGGGCGUCCAUGCAAUCCGGACAAACCAUCGCUCUCCCAGCUCAGGGAUUAAUCGAGUUCCGCGACGCCUUGGCCAAGCUUAUAGACGACUACGGCGGCGACGAUGACGAGCUAGCCGGGCCUGGAUGCGGCGCCGGCGGCUACAGCGAGCUACCCGAGGGCACGUCCAUCACCGUGGACUCGAAGCGCUUCUUCUUCGACGUUGGCGCCAACAAGUACGGCGUGUUUCUGCGGGUCAGCGAGGUGAAGCCCAGCUACCGGAACUCGAUCACGGUGCCGUUUAAAGCUUGGAGCAAGUUCGGGGGAGCUUUUUGUCGCUACGCCGAGGAGAUGAAGGAGAUCCAGGAAAGGCAGAGAGAUAAAAUGUACGAGAGGAGAGCGGACGAAGAGUCCGAGGGAGACGACGUGGACGACGACUGAUUUUCGGAUCCCCCCCAGAACCGGGCUUUUGGGUCCAUCCACGCGUUUGACAACUUUGAAAGGAUAUGCAUGAUGAACUUUAAUACUAAAACACCUAUCGCGAAUAAAGUUGUGUGACUGACAAACAUGGCGUAAAUAAAAUGUUAAAAAAAAGAAGAAAUCUGUAAAGCAUACCCAGAGCUAGCUAAGCUAAGAUAAACGACUUUUAUCUAGCUAGUUAGCUAGUUAGCUGCAUUAGGCCUAGUUAGUGAAAGCUCCUUUUUUUGGUGCAGACCUGUUUUAAAUGGCAUGUUAAGAAAAGGCAUAAUUAAACCAACCAAAAAACCUGUUCCUAAUAUGCUUAUGAACACAACAUGAGCAUACAGUGUUACUUAUUGAGGUUAUUUACAGUAUGUAUUGCCAUAAUUUGACAGAAGACCAGCAAAUUCACCACAAGUUUAUUCAGGAACUUUGUUUCAUGGAUUUUCUCACCUUUCUUUCAGGUCUUCGGUAAUGGAUUUAUUUACUUUUGGCUCCAGUUUCUGGGCUACGAUUUCAUUUCAAUUGUUCAAGCUGAAACUUGGAUUAUUUGCAGUAUAUACAGACACAUUAUGUGGACCAUUGACACAAAAAAAAGGUGCUAUGAAACAUUUCACCACUCCCCUUAAACAUUACUGAUGUGUAUUAUUAUUAUUUUAUUAUUAAUAUUCUUAGUAGUAUUAUUAUUAUUAUUAGGAGCAUGUAAAAUACAAAACCAGUUCAAUGUACAUACUAAAUUAUUGUAGAUCAUUCUUA